AUGGAACUAGAAUUUGAUAAUUUUGAGGAAAGGAAUGAUGGUUAUGAUGACGAUGAAUUGCCAAGUGUUCAACAACUUCUUCAAGAACUUCAACAGGUGAAUAAAAUUUUAAAAGUACUAAAACUUGCAGAACAACAAUUGAAUCAAUUGGAUCAUGAAGAAGAAAAAUGGCAACAAAAACAAGAAGAAAAAGAACAUCAACAAAAACUGAACAGAUGCAGAAACAGAAACAGAAACAAAAACAAAUACAAAAACAACAACAAAAACAAAAACAACAACAAAAGCAACAACGGUAACAAAGAUGAUAAUAAUAAUAACAACAACAACAACAGCCCAUCACCAAUUACACAUGAUGAUAAUAAUAUUGAUCAAUCGCAGGAACAACAAUUAGAACUACAAUUGCAUCAUAAACAGCAAAAAUUACAUCAAGAACAACAAAAAUUACAACAAAAACAACAACAAAUUUUACAACUAAAGCAAGUAGUUGAUCAUCAAUUCCAACAAAUGAACCAAAAUUUCAUCAACCACAAUUUUAUGAACUAUAACUUCAUGAAUUACAACUUCUUCAACUGCAACAACUACUACUUUAAUUAUGUCAAAAAUUACAUUAAUCAUACAACAACAGCAUCAACAAUGACAGCUAGGGAAUAA